AUGAUAUCCACCCAUUGGGAUAAGGUAGAUUGGCCUGACCAAUCCAAGAUUAGAAAGGGUAAACUAAGAAAUCCAACUCUCACAUUUAUCCAAAAUCUGUUUAAUAAUGUUGGUGUUGCCUCAUCGAUAAUUUAUGCGCUAUUAGUAAUGGUUGUGAAACCAAUUUUGGUCAAGCAAUUUGUACAACGUUGUGAAUUGAGUGCAGAAACUUUGAUUGAUGUAAGGAAACUAGUUAUAUUUUUGCAGAAGAAACUCAAUACAACACCAAUAGCUGUGUUAGGCUAUAACGAACAAGGCAAAUAUGUAGAACACACUACGCAAACAGAAGAAGAUGUUGAUGCAACUACAUUGGGGAAAGUGGAAUGUCCAUUAGUUAGGAUUAAGAGCAAAUUACAGGAACUAAAUGAUGAUCUAGAUACAUUCAACAAAAUAAAUUUAAAUAGGUCUACCACUAAUAUAGAUUAUUUCAAUUUGAGUACGAAACUGUUGGUCCAAGAAAUCAAACAUGCAGAUGAUACGGGACCCCUAGUGGACCAACAAACUGAAAUCGUAAGUUCAAUACGAGAAAUUAAGGGUUGGUUCGUUAGUGGGAAAAUACGAUGA